AUGAUGCGCAGGCAGCGCGUGCAGCGGCUGGUAGCGCGCGCCUGCGUGCGUGGGGAGCGCCCGCCGUCAGCUGCCUCCCGGCCGCUAUCAUCAGACGAGGGCGACGCGGGGGCAGCCGGGCCAAGGGCGUCUUUGGAGCGCCAGGCGGUGGCGGCGGCGGCCGAGGAGGCGGAAAAGCCUAGCGAG